CACAACACAUCUUUCCCGUUUGCAUUCACUUUGUUGUUUAUUCUCUUGACUGCAUGUCGAUAGUACGAGCGAUACAACUCACCACCAGAACAUCCAUUCCUCGUCUCUCAUCCCAUCGUCCAUUCCUACAGCUACGCUAUCGAUCAAACAUGUCUACAAACGGAUCUCCUUCUACGCAACCGGUGGUGUUAUGUGGUCCAUCAGGUGUAGGAAAGAGUACGCUGAUCAAAAGACUAUUUGCCGAUGAACCUGAUUCGUUUGGCUUUAGCGUUAGUCAUACAACCCGAUCACCAAGACAAGGUGAAACAGAAGGUGUUUCAUAUCAUUACGUUACACGAGAAGCAUUUGAAAAGCUGAUCGCAGAAGGAGCAUUUUUGGAAUACGCUCAAUUUGGCGGAAAUUAUUAUGGUACAUCUGCAAAAGCAGUAAAAGAUGUUAGUGAACCAGACCCGCAAACGGGUAAACAGAAAAGGGCUUUAUUGGACAUCGAUACGCAAGGUGUCAAGUUGAUCAAAGCGAAUCAUGCAUAUUUGAAUCCGCUCUUUAUCUUCAUCGCUCCUCCUUCGAUUGGCGAUCUGCGUAAACGGUUGGAAGGAAGGGGAACCGAAACGGAAGAUUCCAUCACGAAACGAUUAGCUAUGGCUGCAAGUGAGUUGGGAUAUGCACGUGAAGGAAAUCAUGAUGUGAUUGUAUUGAACGAUGAUGUUGAUCGGGCAUACAAGAUUUUCAAAUCGGCUAUUGAUGGUAAAUUGGAAGGAAAAGGUGAUGAAUUACCUGUAGAGGAAGAAGAAGAACGUCAAUUGCGCCAAUGACACAGGCUUAUGCGAGAAUUUGACUAAUUGGAACGUGUAUUGGAAUUGUAUUUGACAUUAUAGCUACCCUUUCGUACUUUCUCUCAAUGCUACAUCUAUGCAGGACCGUUUUGUUAUGCACACAUUCAGUCAGACAAGCUGAUUUCACGCUUCACACUGAUGCCAGAUAGGAUGCCUCUCUCUCAUGUCUCGAGAUGAGAUCUGAUUUGCCUUUUAUACGGUGCUAAAAAUACAGGAA